AUGUCUGCUCUCGACAAACCUCAGAAGUUUGAGUUUCUAGACUCGGAUGAAACCUCCAGUGCUCUGCGUGAAACAUCAGCUUUGCUUUCUUGUCCACCUGGAACUUACGGAGCCUCCAUGUACAACCCAAUGCUGGACGGUAGCUUUAUUUCCGACGACGACAGCGCUCACUACAUUCCGAACAGCGCCUAUGCUGGGUCCCCGUUCGACAUCCGUCGUUCGCCCAGCCUAGAGUCAAACUGCAACCCUGUUCCGGAAGUGACCUCGUUUUCUCCUUCUGUCGGAUACGAAGGCACCAAGCUCUCUAUUUACGUUGAGUCGUUCUAUGAUCUGCUCAACCCACCCACCUGGACUUUCUCUGUCCUUUUUGGAUCGUACCAGUGCGACUGCUCCAUUAACUCCCUGGUUGUGGAAGAGUCCAGAUUUCAGUACGUGCUCACUGUCAUCGUGCCUGCAUUCGUGUCCACCGCUUGCGCUGCACUCACGGUCCCUCUUCAAGUCAUCAUCAACGACCAAGAGGCGUCCGCUCAACACAUUGCACGCAUCGGUUCAUUUACCUACGAUCAGGAGGCAAGGCAGAUGUCUCCACGCAAGCGAAGAAUGUCUUCUGCCUCAGACGGUACUUCUGCUUCUGUCAACUCAAGUUCUGCAAAGCAAAUGCGCAUCAAUGAUGGUACCAAGCCUGAGCGCUUGUCUGCAUCUCCUUACUCCCCUUACCUUCCAACUCCCAGCUCAAUGAGUGGCUACUCUGGACAAUACCAGCAGGUCCUCCCCCCGGCUCAGUAUGAGAAUCAAAUCCAGUUGAGAGCUGCUGCACCUUCAUCUCUUGCUUCGUCAUGGAGUCCAUGUAUCUCCAACGCGACGGCAACAUCGUGCAGUCCUUCAAUGUCCGUGACCCCUAUUGCUCAGGAGUCGGACAUGAACCGUGCAAACCCAACCUUGGUUCGUACUUCAACCAUCCAGCAAGCUCUUGCCGGUGCUCCAAGCCCAAACGCGCCAUUCAACCCUUACGCAAUGUAUCCAAGUAAAGCCGUUCUCAAGCUCAACGGUGACCUUGACGCGAUGGCCCUCAACUGGAAGCCCGAGGAGUGCGAAGCCCAGCGCCGUCUGGUUCAAUUCACCCGCCGCCAAGAGGGUAGCACUAUCCACGCGGACUUCAAGCCCGUCUCUCCUUCUGAGCGUGCUCCCAACAGCAUCUGUAUCAGUUGCAUUCAAUGGGCCGGCAAGAAGGAAUGCUACGUCACCAGUGUUGACACGAUUUAUCUGCUUGAGUCUCUCGUCGGUGUCCGUUUCACUGUGGAAGAGAAGAACCGUAUCCGCCGUAACCUUGAAGGGUUCCGUCCCAUGACCGUCUCCAAGGCUAAGCCGGACAGCGAAGACUUCUUCAAGGUGAUCAUGGGCUUCCCAAACCCGAAGCCUCGCAACAUCGAGAAGGACGUCAAGGUCUUCCCCUGGAAAAUCCUCACUCAUGCUCUCAAGAAGAUCAUCGGGAAGUACUCGGCCAGCUACUCCUCCACCGCUGCCGCUUUGCCUGCACCUCUUCGUUCGAACUACGCUGGUAGUCCCAACAUGUCCAGCGCAAGUCUUGUGGAUGUCCGUUCCUGUUCUCCUGCUGAACAGCAGUCUAACGGGGUGACCAAUGCUCUCCCGUCCCACACUGCUGCUCACCUGACUCCAUCCAGCUACCUGUCGGUCAUGGGAACAAGUGCUGCAUCCCACCCCAGCCUAACUGCAGCAUACAAUUACUCUGGCGUUACCAACCGACACAUUCAACCCUCCCCCGUCAUCGUUCCCAGCCAGGCCUCGUUUGAUUUCAGCGCAUAUGUCGGGCACAGCCAGAUGCCGACAUACCAGAGCUCUUAG